AUGCUGUUCUCUCCCUGUAUGUUGGCAUGCUCACAGACUUGCUCCCGCAUCCUGGGGCUGAGCCUUGGGACUUCAGCCCUGUUUGCUGCUAUGGCCAACGUGGCACUCCUCUUUCCUAAUUGGGAUGUGACUUUCCUGUUGAGGGGCCUCAUUGGCAGACAUGCCAUGCUGGGCUCUGGGCUCUGGGGAGGAGGCCUUAUGGUACUCACUGCAGCUACCCUCAUUUCCUUGAUGGGCUGGAGAUACGGCUGCUUCAAUAAGAGUGGGCCCUGUCGAAGUGUGCUUACUGCUCUGUUGUCAAGUGGCCUGGCUUUGCUUGGAGGCUUGAUUUGCUUUAUCACUUCUGGGGUAGCUCUGAAAGAUGGUCCUUUUUGCAUGUUUGAUGUCUCCUUCUUCAAUCAGACGCAAGCUUGGACAUACGGUUACCCAUUCAAAGACCUACAUAACAGGAACUAUUUGUAUGACCAUUCACUCUGGAACUCCGUCUGCCUGGAGCCCUCUGAAGCUGUUGUUUGGCAUGUGUCCUUCUUCUCCGUCCUUCUGUGCAUCAGCCUUCUCCAACUUCUCCUGGUGGUCAUUCAUUUCAUCAACAGCUUUCUGGGCCUUUUCUGCAGCCUCUGUGAGAAGUGAUAGCUCAAAGAAAAAGGCCACGUGAGGAC